AUGUCCGAAUACACCGCCGCCAGCGCCGGCAUCGCCGCCGUCGACGCCAAAAACUGGGAUGAAGCAGUCACCAAGCUUACCCAGGCCCUCAAGACGACCCGCUCCCCCAAAUGGCUCAUUGCCCGCUCGAAAGCCUACAUCGGAAAGCAAGACUACGCCCGCGCCCUCCGCGAUGCUGAACUAGCCUACGCUGCCGCCGCAUCCCGCGGCAACCGCGACCUUAUCAGGGAAGCGCAGCAUCGUCGUGCUGUCGCGUAUUUCCGCCUUGGGCAGUAUGCCAACGCCGAUGCCUGCGCGACUUGGGUGCAGAGGAUGGUCGAGGGCAAAAACACCUCCGAUCCUGCUUUCCGCAACCCUGUUGUUGACGAGAAGGGCUUUGCGACUGCCACGAGGCAGCAGUUGACCGAAGAGAUGAAGGCGGCCGAAGCGGAGAGGAAUGCCAAGUCUGGUGGUGCUGGCGGUAUGUCGGCGGAGGGUAGAGCCCCUGCCGCUUGGAACUCUGCUUGUGCGCUGCGGCUGCAGAUUCUAGGCCAGUUGGACAAGGUCCCUGCGGAUGACGAAAGGCGCAAGGUGACUGUCAAGUUUACGCCCAAUGUUUCAUUGGACGAUUUCGACGCCGGCGAAGAGCAGUCUGUGGAGAAGAAGGAGGAGAAGGAGGAGCUGAAGGCUGCGGCUGCUGAGUCGAUUCGCAAGCCUGCGCCGCAGACUGACGUGAGAGUGGAUUUCUUCCAGAGCAACACUACUAUGUCUGUGUCUGUCUUUGCGAAGGGUGUGCCAAAGGAUGAGUUCAAGGUGGAGUACGGCGAACAAGAGCUACGCAUGAGCCACAUCCCAGGACAUGAGCCCUGGUUCACUAUCCCUCUCUGGGGCCAGAUCGACGCUACGGGAAGCAAGCACACCGUCACUGCAAACAAGGUCGAAUUUCAACUCAAGAAGGCCCAGGCAGUCAAGUGGCCCACCCUUCGUCGCGAUCCCAAUGUGGCUCCUUCCGCAGCUCCAGCACAGGCGUCUCCGGCUCAUCAGCCAAAGCCAGUUGCUCCAAUUGCAGAGCCCGCAAAGAAGGAAGGCCCCGCGUACCCGACAUCCUCCAAAUCCGGCCCCAAGAACUGGGACAGCAUUGGAGCUGACGAAGACGAUGAUGAAAAGGACAUCAAUCUCUUCUUCAAGAGCUUGUACAAGGGAGCCACACCGGAACAGCAGCGCGCCAUGAUGAAGAGCUUCACCGAGAGCAACGGCACCGCGCUCAGCACCGACUGGGACGACGUGAAGGACCGCAAGGUGGAGACACAGCCCCCCGAGGGCGUCGAGGCCAAGAAGUGGGAAUCUUGA